AUGCCGGAGCUGGCAGAGCCGAGCACCCCCCGCACCCCUGCCGAUGCGGACCACAUCCAGAGGAAUAUCCUGGAGGAGCAUGUGGAGCUCUGGUGGUUCCAGGACCCCAAGAAGUCCAUCCUGUGCUACGGGAUGGCUGUGGUGCUGAUCCUGGCCUGCGGGAUUGGGGGCAUCAUCCUGCUGUAUAGCACAAGCAGCCGGUCUGGGGCCGUGGGCACCACGCUCUGCCUCCUGGCCCUGCUUGUGCUGCUGAAGCAGCUGCUGAGCUCUGCAAUCCAGGACAUGAACUGCAUCCGCAGCCGGGAUCAGAUCGAGCUCCUGAAGAGCGGGGGGUUCUCAGACUGCCUGGUGCUGCUGCUCAGCGCUCUGGUGCUGCUGGUCUGCGGGGUCGUGCUCACCAUCCUCUCCACCACGACCAUGCAGCUCAGCCCUGCGCGGCCGCUGGCCAGCAUGUUCACCAGCGGGGUUGUCCUCCUGACGGCCGGCAGUGCCAUCCUCCUCUGCCUGCUGCUCUACCUGCUCUGCACCUCCUGCCGCCAGGCUGCUCCUCGGAGCCUGGAGACCGGCGACAUCCGUGUCUUCACCAUCUCCGGCCGCCUCGCUGCAAACAGGCGGCUGCCUCCCACCUCCAGCAUGGCCAACCUAAUCUGA